AUGGUGACCACCAACUCGCCAUCCCCGUCGCCAGAGCCUCAACAGGUCGCAGAGCCUCGGACCACCGAGGUGGCGGCUAGCCCCAACUUUUUUGGCCAGCUCAUCGGGUCCAUCUUUGAGCCUGGAGCCAACACGGCCGUCGUAAAGGCCAUGAACAUUUCAUUUGCCUUGCUGCUCCUCACUCUGUUCGGCCUCAUGAUUCUUUCCAGCUGGAACCUCCACGUCGUCGCUCUCUUUGUCAUCAACGCAGCCCUCUGGGCCACGAUGAUGUGGUUCGUCCAGGAGAUUUCCAAGGUGCAGACCAACCCCGAAAACAUGCCGACUGGCGACCCCCUGUUGGCGCAGCCCGAGACCAAGAAGGAAAUAUAA